AUGAACUCCAAGAUUCAAUGUAUGAAACUCAAUGAUGGGCACUUCAUUCCUGUGCUGGGCUUUGGUACUGCUGUACCUGAAAAGUUUUCCAAGAGCAAGAUUAAGGAGCCCAUCAAAAUAGCUAUAGAAGCUGGCAUCUAUCAUUUUGAUUGUGCUUCUAUUUAUAAAACUGAAGAGUAUGUGGGAGAGUCCAUCAGGACGAAGAUUGCUGAUGGCACUCUGAGGAGAGAAGAUAUAUUUUACACAUCCAAGGUUUGGUGUAAUUGCCUUCGUCCAGAAUUGGUGAGAUCUUCCUUGGAACAGUCACUGAAGAAAGUUCAGUUGGACUAUGUGGACCUAUAUAUCAUGCAUUUCCCAAUGGCCCUGAAACCAGGAGAAGAGGAGUUUCCAGUGGAUGAACAUGGAAAAUUAAUAUUUGACACAGUGGAUCUCUGUGUCACCUGGGAAGCCAUGGAGAAGUGUAAGGAUGCAGGACUGACCAAGUCCAUUGGAGUAUCUAACUUUAACCGCAGGCAGCUGGAGAUGAUCCUUAACAAGCCAGGGCUCAAGUACAAGCCUGUGUGCAAUCAGGUAGAAUGUCAUCCUUAUCUCAACCAAAUGAAACUUCUGGAUUUCUGCAAGUCAAAUGACAUUGCACUGGUUGCCUAUGGUGUUCUGGGAACACAACGAUAUACAGGCUGGGUGGACCAGAACUCCCCUGUUCUCUUGGAUGAACCAGUUCUUCAUUGCAUGGCAAAAAAAUACAAUCGAACUCCAGCCUUGAUCGCCCUUCGCUACCAGUUGCAGCGUGGGAUUGUGGCCCUCAACAGCACUUUCAAUGAAGAGCAUAUCAAAGAAAACAUACAGGUUUUUGAAUUCCAGCUGAGUUCAGAGGAUAUGAAAGUCCUUGAUGGCCUGAACAGAAAUCAACGAUAUGUGACUGCACUGAUCUUUGAUGGCCACCCUAAUUUUCCAUUUUCUGAUGAAUACUAA